AUUACCAGCAAAGAAAAAUUAAAAGAGAAAUGUGGUUAAUUUAAAUAACACCUAUUAUGCAGAAUACGUGAAAAGCUUAUCAAGGGUUGUUAAUGGAAUGGUAUCUUAGCAACUUCUAUUAUUAUUAUUUAUUUACAAACAAAACAGAAUAAGCAAUUCUUACUAGAAACGUUGUGCAUAAAAAUAAAUGGAUUUAAUAAAAGAAAUAAAUGAAAAAUAUUUAGCUCUGGAAGCUGAGGUUGACAAUAAAUUAGAAAAGAUCAAACGCGAUGAAAUAAAAUUUGAAAAAUGUAAUGCUGUGGCAAUGGAAAAAUUACAAAAAAAUCAAACGGACAAAGUACUAACAUUUGAAGAGGCCAUGACAAGAAAUGCAAAUCUAUUAAAGUCUUUGGAAAUGACUAAAGCACGUUUACGUUCACGUUCUACUUUUUCUCCAGUUGAGCAAAUUUUGGACAAAGCCUUAAGAAACUAUAAAAUGGAUUUGGAACUCACACAAUUUGACGAAAGCGGUAGACGUCAACAUCACACUACCACCGAAAAUAUUUAUGAUACAGUGCCAUAAAAAAUUAAAGAAAACAAGAUUGGUUGUAAUUUUCUAAAUAAUAAUAAUAAUUAUAUGUACUAUAAUUAAAAAAAUA